GUUAAUGUCUUUUCUUUUGUGUUGUUAAGCAGAAAAUCAAUUUCGAUCCAAGAGUGUUAUUCCUUAAUUGUGGGGAAUGAAGAAGGAUAUAAUGUUAAUUAGUUGGAGAGUGUGUAGUUUUAAACAAACUUUAUUAACUUUACAAAACCUUAAGUCUAUUACUUAAUCUUUAACCUACAAAUUAACUUGCACAGGCUUUUUAUAAAAAUGGCAGCAAAUUAUUUUUGUAGUAAAGCUUCUGAUGCCGCUAACGAAGAUUGGCAGUUACCUUUGUCUUUUCUCAAAAAGCAUCAUGUGGAAACUAUUGAGGGGGCAGCCACAGAAUUUCACAGUUGGAGAAUGAAGGAAAGGAUGAAGACAGUGAGCGUUGCCCUCGUGAUAUGUCUCAACGUUGGAGUCGAUCCACCAGACAUUGUCAAGACUCAGCCUUGCGCCAGGCUAGAGUGCUGGAUCGACCCGUUGUCCAUGAGUCCGCAGAAGGCCCUGGAGAGCGUAGGCGCAAGUCUGCAGAAGCAGUAUGAACGUUGGCAGCCCAAGGCCCGCUACAAGCUAUCCCUCGACCCCACAGUGGACGAGGUCAAGAAGCUGUGCACUUCCCUCCGUCGCAACGCCAAGGAGGAACGAGUGUUGUUCCACUACAACGGACAUGGUGUACCCAAACCUACCAGUAACGGGGAGAUUUGGGUGUUCAACCGGAUGUACACACAGUACAUUCCACUGUCAGUUUAUGACCUACAGACGUGGAUGGGAGCUCCGUCCAUCUACGUGUAUGACUGCUCCAAUGCUGGAGUGAUUGUCGAUCUAUUUCGACAACUAGCUGAUCAGCACGAAAAGGAGUACGAGCAAGCGAAUCCCGGUGCUGGUAAUAGAGGUGCAGUCUCGUUCAAAAACUGCAUCCAGCUGGCAGCUUGCGGAGCAGAUCAGAUUCUUCCGAUGAAUCCUGAUCUCCCAGCCGAUCUGUUCACUUCUUGCCUCACAACGCCAAUCAAGAUCGCUCUACGAUGGUUUGUGAUGCAGAAUCAAAAUCGUCUAGAACCAAGAAUCACACUGGAUUUAAUUGAUAAGAUUCCCGGGCAGUUGAGUGACAGAAGAACCAUGUUAGGAGAGUUGAACUGGAUCUUCACAGCCAUAACAGACACGAUAGCAUGGAACACCUUGCCUCGAGACCAAUUCCAAAAGCUGUUCCGUCAAGACUUGCUAGUCGCAAGUUUGUUCCGCAACCUGUUGCUGGCCGAGCGUAUUAUGAGGAGUUACGACUGUACACCAGUGUCGUGGCCUGUACUGCCUCCCACAUAUCAGCAUCCUAUGUGGCAAGCGUGGGACCUAGCCUUGGACCUGUCAUUGGCUCAGCUACCUGCUGUUUUGGCGAAUGAGGAAAGUUUCACCCAUUCACCUUUCUUUGAAGAGCAAUUGACAGCCUUCCAAGUUUGGCUUCAGCAUGGGUCAGAGCAUCGAAGUCCACCUGAACAACUACCUAUUGUUUUACAGGUACUGCUCAGUCAGGUCCAUCGUCUGAGAGCGCUGGAGUUGCUAGGCAAGUUCCUAGACCUCGGCCCGUGGGCAGUCAACCUCGCAUUGUCUGUGGGGAUAUUCCCUUAUGUCCUUAAACUACUGCAAGGUGCUAAGGAACUGAGGCCUCUCUUAGUGUUCAUCUGGGCAAAGAUAUUGGCUGUCGACAUCACAUGUCAAGUGGACCUUGUACGAGAUAAUGGACACAAGUAUUUCUUGUCUAUCCUCCAAGACACUUCAGUACGGAGCGAUGACCGGGUGAUGUCAGUGUUAGUGUUGGCCAGCAUUGUACACAAACACCCGGCGGGCCAGGACGUGGCUCGUGCCAACAACCUGGUGUCAAUCUGUCUGGAACACCUACAGGACUCGGACGCAAGGAUGCGCCAGUGGCUUGCACUGUGUCUGGCGCGUCUCUGGGACAACUACGACCAAGCUAGAUGGUGCGGAGUGAGAGAUGUGGCCCACGAAAAACUUUAUGUUCUUCUCAACGAUCCUGUACCGGAGGUGAGAGCGGCUGCGGUUUACGCCCUCGGAACAUUCAUCAGCUCGGUAACCGAACGUAGCGAGCACGCCAACAACAUUGACCAGAGUGUGGCUAUGAUGUUGAUCAACACCGUGUCCCAUGAUAUGUGUCCCCUGGUUAGAAAGGAGCUGGUGGUUGCAUUGCAGUGGAUGGUGUUGGUUUUUGAAAACUCCUUUCUCUCAGUCGCUCUGCAUGAGUUGAGGAGGGAUAGCUCACAAGUAGAUAAGGCUACCGAUGUUCUGUCAGACGCUAUGUUGUCACCGACGUCCUCGUUGAAGCGCAACGUAUCCCGAGAAAGGAUCAGGACGAUCAGCAACAGUCUGUACGCGAGCGACCACAGCGACUCCAGUGGCCACGGAUACUCGGCUCAAGAGCGGCUGAAACGAGUCUCGUCUAGUUCCUCUAUCAGCUCUCUAAGCGGCUGCAGUCUUAUGAACAACCUGCCACAGCUAUCAUUCGGCAGUGUCUACAUGAAGAUGUGGCAAGCUUUAACAGCAUUGGAUUCUGACCCCUUCCCAGGGGUAUCUCAGUUGUCGAGAACAAUCACUGACUACAUCCGUGACCAGGUCUGUGCUUGGCCUCCACAUGGCCUUCACCAUAAGGAGGAGGCUUGGGCUGGAUCUACAGGCCAUUUACUGAGCGUUAAAGACUUGACAAAAGAGUUAACAGAAACAAGACUAAACACUUCAAUGUCUCUUCCCCCCUCCCCUUCCAACAGGUCCUAUCUGGGGGAGUCCCCUCCUCCCAAUCAACUGGGUUCAGCCAAUGAUCUCAAUCGCCUUACGGGUGGACACCGACAUCUUCCUAGAGCUCGGAAAAACAUGCCAAACACUAUCACAGAAGACUGUAGUGAGGAGAACACAGGUAGUUUACGACCUCUGGUUACGACUCAGUUCACGGAAUGGUGUUGUAAAUACUUUGCCCAGCCAACGAUGGCCAAUGGCAUCGACCAAGAAGACUUUGAAAGCCCCAGGUUUUACCAACGGGAAUACAGGUACCUAGAAAACACAAAACUGAGAAACACUGCGCGUGAAGAGUGUAUCAGGCUAAAUCGAGGAAGAAUCGACCAUCAGGUGUUCAGUGUGAGGACGCAACACGCAGCUACUGUCCUUCACUUCCAUCCGUACCUCACCCAUGUAGCGGCUGCCGGCAAAGAUACUAUCAGUGUGUGGGACUACCAGGCCAACACCAAAUUGUGCUACUGGAAGAUAGGCUCUGCCAAUGUCAAGAUCACUUCUGUUAACUUUGUGAAUGCUCACGACACUUGCUGCCUUCUAGUCACUGGUUCUGAAGAUGGCACUGUGCGGGUGUGGAACAAUUACAACGGCACUGCAGCAGGUACCAGGGAGCCACAGUUAGUUACUGCUUGGCAAGCACUGCCUGAGAGUCAGAGCCCCUCAAGAUCUACACAUUCCUCAGGCAGUGGAGGCAGUGGGAUGGUGAUGACGUGGGACCAGGCGUUACAACAACUCAUAGUGGCUGACUGGAGGGUCAUCAGAGUGUGGGACGCUGACAAGGAACUCAAGGUGUGUGACUUGGCCAGCGGCAGUGACUCUCCCAUCACGUGUCUCGACUACGACCACUCUGGUGGUUCACUGUUGGCUGCAGGAUACUCUGACGGAGCUGUGCGUCUGUUUGACAGACGUCUGUCUGCGAAUGAGGCCAAAGUGAUGACUUACAGAGAACACACGCAGAAUAUCACCUGUGUUAACCUGCGCGGAGAUGGCGGCUGUACUUUGCUCACUGGAAGUGGUGGGGGAGACUUCAGAGUGAUAGACACUCGGAAGCAUUCAACAGUGGUCACCAACCAGCUGGUCCAGGGGAUGACCGCUAUGGCACCACACAGGAUGGCGGACAUAUUCGCAUGCAGUGGCGCAGUACACCAGUACAUCGGUGUGUACAGCAUGUCCGGUGUGGCACUCAACACCAUCAAGUACCACGAGUGGUUCAUGGCAUCUCACUUUGUCCCCGUCACGUCUCUGGCGUUCCAUCCGCUGAGGAGUCACAUGGCCGCCGGCUCACUGGACACUAGCAUCACCGUGUACUCGGUGGAACCCAAGAGAUGACACUCGCUUUCGCUCAUUCACUAGCAGAGUUUCGUUUGCUCACGUCUGCUAGUGUCCGCUUGACACAUGACUCCAGUUCGCUUGCGUUUUGCGAAGGAUGACUAACUGAGGCAACUUUACACAGACUGCGAUAUUACAAAGAUGUCUCUACUUUUCCUGAUCCUUAGGUAAUUUCCAACACCGAACUUAUUUUAACAGCCUUUGUUAAUUUAUUUUAAAAUGCAUUGACAAUGUUUUAAAGCUAAAAACCUAUAGCUUAAGUAUCAAAUUAUGAUUGUUGUCAAGUAUUGUAUCAUUAAGGCAUUAAAAAUAACAGAAAUAGGUGAGCAAAAUUGUAAAUUUCGUAUUAAGGUUGAAAUGUGAAAUCUUUGUGUUUAGUUGCCAUAUGCUGCUAACAUCAGGGCGGUCAGUUUAGUAAUUCAAGAGAGGUUAUUUCAUUGUUGCCCAAGCAAAGGUUUUGGGUUUGUUUCUAACUUAUUUUAGCUUUCUACUACCUGUCUUUCCAUCUUAACGUAGUCAAGAUGUAAAAUUUUAUAUAAAUUUAAGUUCAGUAGCAAGUUUUGCCAAGACUGUCUUGUUUUCUGUUGAAAUGUUAAAUGUAUUUUUUGACGACUAUUGUUGACAAUUUUACAUUUUAUAUGCCUCAUUGGUAACUAUUUUAAUAACAGUUUAUUUAUUACAUUUAGUAGUAUUUAAGGAAAGUGAGCUUUUAUUAAAGUUAGUUAAGAUUUUUUAACAACAGUUUAUUUAGGAUGUAAGAAAGUGAACUUUUAUUUGUUAGUUGAGAACUAUAAUUUUUUUAUGUAGAAUCAGGAAUAUAGUUUUAAAAUCAAUAUAAUUGAUCAUAAUCAUUUAGGUAAGAGAGAACCAAUUUCAACAUUUUUAUAGUAGUUUUUUAAAAGACCGUCCUGAUGAAUCCAUAGGUUUUUUUAUGUCUUCUAGAUUGUUUGUAUCUUAACGUUACUGAUACAUAGUCUGUGUAUCCAUUGUGCUUGGUGAGCGAGUGAGCGUGUGUAACUUAUUGAUAAUCAAGAUUAUUUUGUUAACUAUCAAAUAUAAGUAAUUAAUUAAGAGUUAGUUAUAUCUAGAAGUAAUUAGUAAAGGCGUAGAUACAUUGUUUAGUCAUUAGUUUGGAUAAGAAAAGUGGAUUAUUUAAGUUUCAUACAUACCUUAUAGAAAAUAGUGAUGUGGAAUAUAAUAUUUACUGAAACAUAACAUCCUAAAAUUGUAGCAAAAAAAACUAGUUGUUUACCUGUCUUUUCAUUAGGGAAAUAUUGCAGCUCAUGUUAAUGUUAACAAAACAUUAGUUUAUUCCAAUAUGAAAAAGAAAAUUGAUCUUAAGAUGUUAUCCUAAAGGUAAAUAAUCUGAACUGCGGAAAUCACUGUUCAAUAAUAGGGUGUAAAUAGGGGAAUAUGAUGUGCGGAAAAGCGUGUGAUUGGUGAGAUGCCUUGUGUUGCUUUUUUAUUGACUAGGACAGCUGUUUCAUAAGCCAGAACUAGAGGUGUGCUUGUGGCUAGAUUUCUAAGCUGAGCCGAGUCUAGCUAACAAGCUCAAAAGCCGAGUCAGAAAAUUGAGUUUGUGCCAAUCUUUUAUGAUUGCAAUAUCAUCGCGAUUGCAGAAAGUGUCUACCAAGACAACACGAUUUAAAAAUUCACUCUUUUGCCAAGAUCGCGGAUGGUAACGAUAAAAUUUCCAUUUUAAUGGGAGGCAAUGAUUAUGUCUUCACAACCGCAGGAGACGCUCAAGAUUUUGAUAUGAAAUGAAAAAUCAUUUAUUUACACAGGCAAAGAUAGGGCCACAUGGCCCUUUUUUUGACCUUGUCAUUGUAAAGCAAAUCUGUUCCAUUUAUAGUUAGUGGAUUCGUCGUCAGAAAGUCAAUAGAGUUCCGUAAACGUGGAUGACAAAUUAUUUUUUUGAAGAUUUUGCCGUGAUCGGGGAAGGCAAUAAUGUUUCUGUGAUUUUCUGCGAUCACGGGAGACUCUGAUGAUGUCCUCACGAUCACGGGAAAUUAUCACGUUAUUACUGCGAUAACAUUUUAUGGCAUUAUUUUAUUUAUUAUAUGGUCUUAUAGUAUUGCAUCAAAUUCAUAAUAUAAAACAGCUCGGCUCCAAAGAGGCCUGAUGCUCAAGCUUUUUUUCCAAAAGCUCGACUUGAGCUCAGCUUGAUAAAAAAUCUGAGGCUUGUACACCUCUAGCACUAUUAUCAAAGUCCAAUGAUCAAAGACAAUUCAUUACUAGUUACUAAACUAACAAAUAACAAAUAGCAACUCAGCAAGAACAACACAAAGCCAGUUGAUUGAUAUACACUCUUGAAAUGCAAAUUAUAUACAAUUUUCAGUUGUACACAUUUGUCAUCUUAUUGAGAUAACAAAGUACGAGGGUAGUUUUUAAAGUAAGAACUGUUUGUGUGUAUAGCUUAUUAGCUAGUUCUUGUUAAUUCCUGAGAUGCCAGGUCGCUCACUCUCAUCAUUUGUGAACAGAACGUGUAGACACACAACAAAGUAUACAUGUCAGCCACAGAAUUGCAAAAUUUACUGGUAUCGUUUAGCACUAAUGAUGCCAGUAAAGGCAAGGAGCCUCAUUGCGGCAAACACGAACCUAGAAGCAUUACACACAAACAGCCCUUACUUAAAAAACAACCUUUGUAAACCAAUACCAUUACCAAAUCCUUGAUUGUAGCCCAUCUUUGAAUAACCGCGUCAAUUACAUUUUUACAUACAUAUAUUUACACUAUUUACAUUGAAGUAUACAUCGGAAUACACAGUUUAUUAAACACAAUAUGGAUUUAUUAAAUGGAUAUGAGCCCCUGGAAAUGAGUCUGCUAAGAGUCUGAUUAAGAACAUUUCAGCUAAGCCUGAAGGGCAUGGUUCUCCUGUAUGGAUUUUAUUAAAUGAUUUUCAUUAAAUUACUAUACUAUUUUGGAACCACAUUUGUUUGGCUGACAUAGUAAUGACUAAUUACUUGUUAGAUUAAUAGAGCUAACCUGGUUUGAUUCCAAGUCCAGUCAUUUCUGAACCCAGACAUCAUUUUGUCAGUAGGCUAUUUACAAACUAUGCUAUUUAACAGUAGAUGGAUGUUAUGUGAUAGCAAACAGUAGUUUUGGACCUUCCAUUAUCAAAAUUGUAUUAAUGUAAUGGCGAUAAAGACACACACAAAAAUAUUUGGUAUUCUGGUAUUUUUAUUUGCAAAUUUUUCCUGAAUAAAAUAAAUAGAACUCAAUACAAGAUUUUUUGAAAUAGUUAAACUCUGAUUAAAUAUAAAACAUCGCAUAUUUCCAAGACUGGUAGCAUUUAUCAUAGUUUUAAAUCUGAAUAUUUCAAACUCAAAUAUUUUUUAUUUUAGUCAAGAAAAAUAAUUGAUGCUGCAAUGAAUCCAAUAACGAAUGACAGGAGAAUCUACAAACAACUUCUAAAUAUGUUUUUAGAUAUUUCCAUUUCCAUACAGCUAGAUAGAAAGUCAGUCCUGAUAAAAUAUCUGUUGAAAGGUGAGUUUAACUGGCUAUACACAGAGUAGACUUCCCACGUAAUGUUAAAAUUUAAAGCCAAGAAAAUAGAUUAUGUUAAGAACCAUCUCACCAGAGGUAUUGGGUUAAAUAUUACAGUAAUUAAAAUCAAUGCAGUAUCAUGGUUUAACUUACUACAGGUACAGGAUAAAUAAGUGUUCCCAAGUUUUGAGCCUUUAUUUAACAUUGCGGAAAAAAAGGUAAAGAAUACUUUUAAUUACUUCUUACAAAUGCAAUGACAUAAAAAUAUCUAUCUAAAGCUAAAGAAACAAAUACAAUCUAUGUACAUAUAGACAAUUUACAAAAUGUACAUAGAGCACUGAAUAUCGCACUAGUUUAGUUGUAAGGUACUGUAUUUUUAAAAGAGGGAAUACUGUAUAUAAAACAUGUAUAGAUUUAUUUCGCUUACAAUGCUACUUUUUAAGAUCUCUAAUGUGUCAUAGGCAGGAUUUUCUGCAGUGAUUAAUUUGUUGAAAGUCUAAAUAAAAAGCAAUCAUUGAAUGUUACCCAAAUACAUUUUUGUUUGUUUAA